AUGUAUGGUGAUUACCUAGAACAGGACUACAGCAAGGCUCUGCAAUGGUAUCUCAAAGCAAGCGAUGCUGGAAAUGCCAGUGCCAUGUUCAACAUCGGCUUCAUGUACGACGAUGGUCGAGGUGUUGAGCAGGACGACGGCAAGGCUAUGGAGUGGUAUACUAAGGCGCGCAGUGCCGAAUUAGCAGGUGUUACCGCUUGA